AAGAAUAUCACACAGUUGAACGUCGAGUUCAAAGACAUAAGCGUGCCUGACCACAGACUAAAUGACAAGAAUUGCCUCUCAGACAACAAUGUUCUUGAUGCUAAACGUAAAGCUUCAUAUGUAAUGUACGGGCAGGAACAACAGAAAAAACAGCCAACUGCCAAAGAACACGUAGAAAUACUUUUGAUUUUUAAG